AUGCAACAUCAAAAGGGCGUUCCACAACAGAUUCCAUCAACACACCAGGUGUACUCGUCAUUAUUUACAGUCCAUGGUGUUAUCAUGGUGCAGCUGAUCUGGUGGGGAGACGGCUCCAGUGGACAGUUCGGUGCUCAGACUGCCCUCAGCCCGGUUUCCUGGUCUGUCCCCAGGGGCAUCACCGACAUCUGCUGCAGAGAAAAGCAAACUUUAUUCCUCACCAAGGAUGGAUGGGUUUUAUCAUGUGGUCUCAAACCCCAGGGACGAGUUGUACGAAAGAAACGUAAACAUGCCAAUACUCCAGGUCGUGUGGAGGGUCUGGGUAAUGUGGUGUCUUUGGCUUGUGGUCGGGAUCACUGUCUGGCUUUGAGUGCAUCUGGACACGUGUUCUCCUUGGGGGACAGACAGCUUGGCAUGUUACCCAAUCAGCAGAGACCAAGCCGGGUACCCACACCAUUCCCAGUAACAGUGAUCCAAGUGGCUUGUGGAGACGUCCACUCUUUGGCGCUGACUAAAGGAGGAGAUGUCUUGUCAUGGGGUCAUAACAGCCAUGGUCAGCUGGGCCUGGGGAAGGACGUGUCACUGAAGGACAGACCCGUCUUGGUGAGAGCUCUGACCGGUGUAGCGGUGACCCAGGUUUCAGCCGGAGCGACCCACUCCUUCUUCCUCACACUGCCCGGCCUGGUGUACUGCUGUGGGGCCAACGAGUCAGGCCAGCUGGGACUCGACAGGGUGGAUGAGAAGGGCAAGUUCAACAUCUGUGUGGCUCCUGCCCUCAGACCUCUGGAUGUGUCUUUUAUCAGCUGUGGAGAGGCGCACUCUGCCGUGUUAACAAAGGACGGCAGAGUUUUCACCUUUGGAGAAGGAAGUAACGGUCAGCUCGGUCACAACUCCACUGACAAUGAAAAGGCUCCUAGAUUGGUUGACGGUCUGGACGGAUCUGCCGCACAGAUUUCAUGUGGCAGACGUCACACCCUGGUGUUGGGCUCCUCUGGCCGACUGUGGGCUUUUGGUCAUGGGGCAAAAGGUCAAAUUGGGACUGGAGGAACAGGUGAUUGUCUGACGCCCACUCAAGUACAACUUCCAUGGACCAGUGACAAUGGAGCCGCCAAACCCGAAGACCUGAAAAUAUCGACUGGUUGGAACACAAACUUUGCUUUCUCGUCACCCACGCAGAGCUCGGACAGAGGACAGAUAACAGGAAGGCUUGAUGAGACAAAACUGAAACAAUGGCUGUCUGCGAUACCGGAGAACGCCGAGGCAAAGAGAGAAAUAUGUUCAAUGUUUUCUACAAGUUCCAGUCUUGUUGCAAGUUUCACAAAGACAAAUAGGUCUCCAAAAACAGCAGGUGCCCUGACUGUGGACCUUGAGGCAGCCAGCAGAGCCUUCAACCAGCUGCUGGCAGUACCAUGGAUCAAACAAACAGUAACCUUAAACAACCUGGUUGAAUUACUUUGGGCUUCAAAAAAUGACAUCCAGUCUUUGGAGAUCUUGAUGGUUCUGCUGACAUGCCCUCUCCUCCAAGAGGGCCUUGCUGUCUUUUACAUCGUGCUGCCUUUGGCCCAAUUUAUCGCAGAUCUGAGUUUGAAGAAUCGCAAAACACUAAAGAGCUGGUGGUCUUCCCUGACUCGGACCAUGAUUACGAAGCACAUCUUGGUGUUUAAAAACGCCCUGAACUUCUUGGGCACAAACCCUGACAACUUGACAACUUGUGACCAAGAAGUCAGUGUCCUGCUGGGUGCCCUCAAGCUGCUCUACAAAGCAAACAAAGACGUGUUCCCUCUGGUUCAGAAGGUGGAGGUCUUUGACAGCUGUGCUGACAUCUUGAAGCUGUCUGAGUACUACGGCUUCCUGCUCACAUUGAGACGCACUCACCUAGUGGAGGACACCUUCAAACAACUCGCUGCAGCCGACCACUGGGACUUCCGCAGGGGGCUUGUGGUGCAGUUUAAGGAUCAAAAUAAGUUGAUGAAUGUCAACAUAAGGGACCUCUUCCUGCACGUGUUCGAUGAGCUGAUCGCUCCCGAGUCUGAAAUGUUCAAGUACAACGAGAGCAAGACUCUGCUCUGGUUCCCUUCCAAGCCAAAAGUGGAUGAGAAGACUUACUUCCUCUUUGGCAUUCUGUGUGGACUGGCUCUCUUCAACAAGAACAUCAUCCACCUGCCUUUUCCCCUGGUUCUCUUCAAGAAGCUGCUUUGCUUCCAACCCUCGUUGGAUGACCUGAAGGAGUUUGACCCUGGGAUGGGAGAGUCUUUGCGUUGCAUGCUUGAGGACUACACCCCUGAUGAAGUGGAAAGCCUAUACAUCACUUUUAAUGUGACAUGGGAUGGUGAGGAAGUUGAGCUUGAUCCGACAGAAUCUGAAAAACCUGUCACAGCAUCAAACAAAAAAGAAUUCGUAAACACCUUUGUUGACUAUGCCUUCAACAAAUCAGUGGAGAGGGUGUUUGAAGAGUUCAAGAGGGGGUUCUUCAAAGUGUGUGAUUACGACGUGGUGGACUUCUUCCAACCGGAGGACCUGCGGGCUGUGAUGGUGGGCCAAGAAAACUACGACUGGGAUGUGUUCAAGCAGAACACAGUCUAUGAAGGACUCUAUCGUGCUGAGCAUCCAAACAUCGUUACCUUCUGGGAGGUGUUUGAGAAUCUGACAGCCGAGGAUAAGAAGAAAUUCCUUUUGUUUCUAACCGGUUGCAACCGCCUUCCCUUCCUGGGUAUGGAGAGCAUCAGGAUGAGAGUCGCUGUCCUUUAUGAUUCCAAUGAGACCCAUCGGCCAGAGUCCCAAACCUGCCAUAAUCGGCUACUACUGCCCCUCUACCGGAGGAACCCGAUCAAGGAGAGGAUGCAGACCAAGCUCCUGCAGGCUAUUCAUCACAAAGGGGGCUUCGGGAAAAAAGACACUGCAGAAUAAAGUUAUGAAGGCUUAUUUUAAAAGAUUGCACAUAUUUGACAGUUCUUGUUUUUAUUUCUUAAACCUGCCAAAUGAAACAUCUUUAUUUUAUACUAUUUAAAUAUACACUAAGUUAAAUUAAUGCUCUAGAGAGGUUUGACAGUAUCAUGUUUUCUUUUGGUUCUUUUCUUGAUUUUUAAUCUCUUUCAAAACUUUCUGGUUUUACAUGUCAAGUUGUUGACGAUGUACAUAAAGUCACUGCUUCAUCUCUGCUUUAGAGUUUCAAAAAAGAGCAGAUAUUUUGCUGGCUAAUACUUAUUUAAUUUACUUUAAUAAUCCCAGAGCAUUGAGGCCUGAAAUACACACAUGCACAAACUAUGGACAUGCAUUAAUGCAGAGAUGUCAGAGGGAGCUGCUCACAGGGAGCCCUCCUGAGCUGUAGGGGGUUCGGUGCCUUGCUCAAGGGCACCUCACAGUACUCAGGACGGGACCUGGCACUUCUUCAGCAACCAGACCAAUUUGCAAAUCGUGAUCCAACCCAAGUCCCUACACACUGAGCUACUGCCACACUCAGUUUAGUCAUUAUACUCUGCUAUUCUUUAAGAAUGAAAUACAAUGUGACUCCUUUUACCAGAUUGUGAAAUGGAAAAUAAAAUGAAGAUGACUAGAGAUGGGAUCUUAUAUCAGUGUCCGGUAUUGACGUAAUUUAGGUAUGGCACAUCAGACUGAUGGCCUCAAUCCACAUCACUGAUCUUUGAAGACGUUCAGACUGAACUAUAAGACGUGUACACAAGUCGUCUCCAUGACGACGUUCAGACAAGAUGGAACAGCUCCUAUAUGAUCAAAAGUGCAAUUCUUACAAUUCAGUUUAAAAGCUUUACUUUGAAAACCUGACAGUUGUUGCUGCUUCCUGUUUGUAUGUGAAGCCAGCACAAUGCAAUGCAGGGUUUACUGUUGUGUAACCUCACUCAUACCAAUAACAACAAAAUGAUAAUAAAAACAUCCCAAUCAGUAUCUGUAUAGGAUUGGAACUGAAAUUCUCUAAUGAUGACUCACAAUCCCAUUGUGAUUGUAUUUAAUGCUUUUGGACUCUUGUGCAGUUAAAUAAAUUCUGAAAACACUGCUCACAUAAAAUCUUCAUCUCACCAUAUAUUGAAAUGUUAACCUUUUUUUAUUUUUUUACCAAAAAUGUUCAUAUUUUUAAAUGAGAUAUGUCCACUAAAGAUGAAACAAGAUGGUUAUUGACUAAUUAAAACAUUUCAUUGGCUCUUCAAAACAAUGAAGCUCACACAUCCUAAGUGCUCUGUAUCUCCUGAACUUUCCUCAUGGUGUCAAAGUAUAUCAUACUUUAUUAAACAAAUCUUCAGCACA